GUUCAAUUGCCCCUCCUCUUUACUUCGCUCUUCUUUUCGGACUCAACCAUCCACAUCAAGCAGUUUCCACAAUGGCUGCCCUCAAAGGUCUACGCUCAACCUACCGCUUGAAUUCCGGCCAUGAGAUCCCCAUCCUGGGAUACGGAGUCUACCUGAUCCCCCAAUCUCAAACAGAAAAGGUCACACUAGAAGCGCUCAAGAUUGGCUAUCGUCAUGUGGACUCAGCCAUCAUGUACCGUAAUGAGAAAGCCUGCGGUCGAGCCAUCGCCAACUCCGGGCUAGACCGGUCGGAGAUCUUCUUCACGACCAAGAUCCCCCCGGAGAAGAUGGGUUACACUCGCACCAAGAAGGCAAUUGACUCCAGUUUGCGCGAAGCCGAGCAGGAGUACUUUGAUCUAAUCCUCAUCCACGCCCCCUACGGCGGCAAAGAGGACCGCCUCGGCUCGUGGCGUGCAUUGGUGGAGGCCCAGCAAGCGGGCAAAACCAAGUCCAUCGGGGUGUCCAACUACGGGAUCCACCACCUCGAGGAGCUGGAGGAGUACAUCAAGGGUGGCGCCGGCGGGCAGAUCGAUGUUGGCCAGUAUGAGCUGCACCCAUGGUGUGACCGUCCCGAGAUCGCCCAGUGGCUCCAGAAGCGCAACAUCGUCGUCCAGGCCUAUUCGCCUCUGGCGCAUGGGACGAGGAUGGGUGAGCGCGUGCUCAAGGAGUUGGGGCAGAAGCAUGGCAAGUCGCCGGCCCAGAUUAUGAUUCGGUGGGGUUUGCAAAGGGGCUUCGUUCCUCUGCCUAAGUCGGUGACGCCUAGUCGCAUUAAGGAAAACGCAGAGGUAUUUGAUUUCGAGCUGUCAGAGGAGGAGAUGAAGGCGUUGCAGACAGGGGUGUACUCGCCAACGGACUGGGAUCCUACGGUGGAUUAUGAUUGAAUGGCUAGCACGCGCAUUCAUGCGACCAAAUUUUUUUCUGGAAGUAGGAUAGAAGGAUGUAGAUAAUGAUAAGCGGGGUGUGAUAUUGUGUAUACAGUACAAGCCAAAGUCAUCGGGCGGGCCAAGUCCGAUGGCCGCCGACCAGAAAAUCCACCCCCGCGGCGCGGGGU